AAAGUGUAGUGGAGUUUUUUUGGACGAAGCAAACAAAAGAGAGAGAGAGAGAGAGAGUUGAGUUGCGAAAGAAGAAGAGGAAGAAGAUGAGCAGCGAGACAAGACCAGUGCCUCGUCGAGAGAGUCCAUGGGGAAUUACAGGAGAGAAUCAUCCUGAACCCAAAGCUCAUCGUUGCAAUGACCGUGUUGAAGAUGUUAUUCAGGCUUGCUUUGAGGGAAACCCAUUCAAGACUGUUCCAGGACCUUUCAAGCUCUUCUGGCAGUGCAUGCGUUCUAAACCUGGCGAGGAGCCAACUGAGCCAUUUACCUAUUUGGAUUUGGAUCCUCCGAAGAGAGAGUCACAACCCAUGAAUCACGAGUAGUGCCACUUUCUCAAAUGCCUCCGGAACAACUUUUUGUGGUUUCGUCUUGAGUAUUGCAUGGUCUUUUUGUGGUUUUAACUUUUUCAUCCAUGUUGUGGAUCGUUUAUGUGAAGAUUAUAUGUAAUUAAAUUGUCUUUCAUGCUUACUCCGCUUUGCAAAAUAGACAUCCUUUGCCUUUGUUCUGCACUAUGAUGUACUUGCCCAAUAAAACAGGGCCAGGUUUGGUUUUUAAUAAUAUACAUGAUAGUCUAUUGAUUACUUGUAUGAUUGUAGAAAUCCCACUAGUUAGUGUUUGGGUUUCAUUAUUA